AUAUCAGGGCUGCCUUCGAUUCGUUGGACAGAACUGUUCUCUGGGAUUGUAUGGUGUUUGAAUGAACUAAUAACUCCUUUGUACUUGUUGAAUGUUUGAUUUCGAAUUCUAAAUACAGUACAUUCGUUAGUGCUUGUGUAGUACUUCUUGAUUCAAUUGCGUUAUCCCUGAGAUUCUUAGUCCAUACUAUAAUUCAAUUACUUCUAAUUAUCAUAUUGGUGUCGCGAUGGGGCCUGCGAUGGAACAGUUAGAUAUUCAUUCAACCCCUGAAGCUUUUGAAGAUUAUUUGGAAAGGUUUGAAAUCUGGAGCAUGACCAAGAAAGAUGAUGAGGAUAUUAAUAUUGUGGCACAUUUUCUUACAUUCAUUGGAAAAGAAGCAUAUGGCUUAUUAAAAAUUUUGGCUUCACCGGAAAAGCCCAUUUCUCUUCCUUAUACAACUCUCAAGGAACUACUUCUAGACUAUGCUAAGUAUACAAAUUUCGAAUGCGGUAAAGGGAGAUUUCGUAAAAUAAUUCAUGAGGAUAUAAAAAAUUCCACUACAUUACGUCGCCCGAUCCCAGUGCAUACUCAAGAUUAUGCAGAUAAUUCAUUUGGGAAUUGCGAUGCAGUUGACGAGGAUGGGCACAAGUUUGGUCAAUGUUUGUGCUGUGGCAGGUUCCACUCUUUUAAUUCAUGUAAAUUUCGUAAUUCUAAGUGCUUUAAAUGUGGUGAUGUUGGACAUAUUCAGUCAGUUUGUAAUAUUACUGUUCAUCUUGCUGCAACUAAUAUUAAGUCUUGUGAUUCUGAUUCUAUUAAGUUGAGUAUUUAUAAUGAUCAUUUAUCUUUAUCGACGAUUUCAAAAGACAGUUUAGAGUCAUAUAGCAGUUCAGAGUUAAAUGAAACUCAGAAUCCAUGCGAGGCAACAAUUCCUAAUCAAUCAACCCAUCAGAUUUCUCAUGUUAUUGUACCAGAUAUGAUUUUUCCUAAUGAUUCACAUGUUUCUGAUGAAAUUUCUCACAAAUCUGGUGAAAAUAUUUCGGUUGAACCUAAUCAUGAUCGAAAACCUGAUGUAGUUUUGAUUGAUGCUGAUUUUUCUAAUGAUCCUUUGCUCUGCAAUGACAUUCUUAAUAAAUUUGAGGAAACCAUUUCAGAAGAAUCAAAUCUUGAUGUCAUAUCAAAUAUUACUUGUCCUCACAAUGCAUUUGUUUCUUGUGGGAAACUUGUUGAGUGCGAAGCACGAGUAUUAAAUGAGCUCGAUUCUGAUUACAAUUCAGAUAAUUCCAUAUCAACUGUUGUUUGUCCUUAUCAUAAAUUCACUUCCAAUGUUUACUGUAGUCAAAUUGAGAAAGAUGUUUUAAAUGAAGCCACAUUAUUCAUAACUUGGGGAUAUGAAGAUCCGACAUUAUUUCGUGGGGGAGGAUAGUCUAUGGUUCAUAUCCUAGGUAGUAGUUCCAGUAUUCAACCGGCAUGGUGAUUGUUCACAAUCCCAGAAAUCAAGUGAGUCUGUUCCGAUUUCAGUUGUUAAUUCUAAUACUAAUGAGUGCAUUCUAGAUAAUACAGAGUCUUUAUCCAAUACAUUGUCGGACAGACACAGUAUGAACUUGAAAAGAAGACGUUCAAUUGAUUACAGGCACUUAGACUCUAAUUUAAGCUGUGGCGGAUAUGGUGUUUGAAUGAACUAAUAACUCCUUUGUACUUGUUGAAUGUUUGAUUUCGAAUUCUAAAUACAGUACAUUCGUUAGUG